AUUAUUUAAUUUUCGACAAUUUUUCUUCCAAAAGUUUCUCAUUUGUCCGUCAAGUCCAAUCUAAAGUUAUUAAAAAUAUUAAAUUAUGUUUUCGAGUAAAACGGCCGUCUUUGAUCGCUUGUUGGACAAAGCUACUAGCAAAUUGCUGUUGGACCCUGAUUGGGACUCAACACUGCAACUGUGUGACAACAUCAGACAAGGAGAUGUCCAACCCUCAUAUGCACUGAAUGCAAUAAAAAAGAAAAUUGAGAAUGAGAAUCCCCAUGUCAGCAAAUAUGCCCUUCAUGUUCUGGAAUCAGUUGUUAAGAAUUGUGGUUCCAUUGUACACAUCGAGAUGGCCACAAGAGACUUCAUGGAUUUCUUGAAAGAUCAAGCUAGGAAAAGACAAGAGCCAGUGAAAAAUAAAAUAGUGGAGUUGGUUCAGGUUUGGUCACAUGCAUUUAGAAAUGAACCAAGUUAUAAAGUUGUACAAGAUGCCUACAAUGAAAUGAAAAGGGAAGGGUUCGCCUUUCCGACGCUGAAAGAAUCAGAUGCCAUGUUUUUGGCAGAAAAGGCCCCGGAAUGGAGGGAUGGUGAGUUGUGCCACAGGUGCAGAGCUGCAUUCACCACUUUCAACAGGAAGCAUCACUGCAGGGCCUGUGGACAGGUCUUUUGCCAGAAAUGUUCCUCCAAGACAUCCAUCAUUCCAAAGUAUGGAAUCGAGAAGGAAGUGCGAGUUUGUGAUUCCUGUUUUGAACAGAUCAGCAAGCCUGCUAGUUCAGCAGAGAAGAAAGAUGAAUUGCCGGCAGAAUAUCUGUCCAGUCCUCUCUCCAAACAAUCACAAGCUCCACCAAGUCGCACAGAGGCAGAAAUUCAAGAGGAGGAGGAACUACAAUUGGCACUUGCUCUCUCUCAGAGUGAAGCUGAAGCCAAAGAGAAACAAAAGCAGAGAGCUUCGUAUGGUUUCAGUUCCUCGAAUGCAGCGAGCACUAUGUCAUCUUCAAGCAACAAACCUACCGAAAGUCUCUACUCUGUGCCUGUGAAACAGUCGCAACAGCAGCCACAACAGCAACCAGUGAUGGAUACCAGUGACAUGGACCCUGAACUUGCUCGUUACCUCAAUCGCAACUACUGGCAGCAGAAAAGUUUCGAGAUGAAGAAUCCGAGCGUGGCCACUAAUGUCCCCGUUACUCAGCCAUCUGCUCCUCUUGGCUCCAUCACUGCAAACAACAAAAAGAUUGAAGAAAAUGGCUUGAGUGAAGCAGCAGUAGCAGCGGUGAACAACGCUGAUGAACAACAGAAAGGAGAGGACGAAGAGGAGAGGGAACAGUUUUUGAAGGCAUUGAGUAGCAGCAUUGAAAUAUUUGUCAACCGAAUGAAGAGUAAUUCACAGAGAGGUAGGAAUAUAACAAAUGAUUCAUCGGUGCAAACACUGUUCAUGACAUUGAAUGCCAUGCAUCCAACAUUACUCAAGUACAUCUCACAGCAGGAGGAUAACAGAGCUCAUUAUGAGUCCCUGCAAGAUAAGCUGUCACAGUUGAAGGAUGCUCGAGAUGCUCUCGACGUCCUGCGGGAGGAGCACAGAGAGAAGACGAGGCGCAAGCAGGAGGAGAUGGAGAGGCUGCGACAGAUACAACUGGCUCAAAAACUUGAGAUCCUCAGACAGAAGAAGCAGGUGUACCUGGAGUACCAACGACAGAUGGCCCUGCAGAGGAUGCAUGAGCAGGAACUGGAGAUGAGGAAGAGGUUGGAAAUGCAGAAGCAGGAACAACAGAUGAAGGCCAUGCAGUACGGCUUCCCACAGGGUUAUGCAGCUCAAACAAUGCCACCUCAGCCAAUGAUGUACCAGCAAAUUCCUGGACAAGUUCCAUAUGCUGUCAAUCAAAUGCAAGUCCCACCCACUCAAGCACAGCAGCAGCAGCAACAACAACCUUAUCUUAAUAAUGCUUAUGUUCAACCAGGCGUGGCGCACCCACAACCACAGCAACCAAAUGUUGCAGGAUACCAGCCACAAAUGCCGCUACAUGAGUACCCUGCUGCUUCAACGCUGCCACAACAACAACCAAUUGUUCCUCCUGCUAUUGUUAGGCCGGGAAUUAAUGCAGUUGCAGAGGCACAGCACCAAUACGCUCAGCAACCACCCAACAUAAAUGUCGCCAACGCACAGCUGCCACCCACCUUCCAACAACAACAACAACCCAACGUUGCUGGUUAUGUUCCUCAACAGGUCAUGCUGAAUCAGCAACAGCAGCAACUUGCCUAUCAACAACAACCCGGUAUGUUGCAACAAGCAGCACCACAACAAAUGGCCGCCUACCCUCUUAACUACUCACAAACUACAAAUUCCUUACCUGAUCCACAACAGCAAGGUAACUAUUAUUCCAAUGGACUGGCUCAGCAUCGGCCAGGACCAAACGAAGCAGAACUCAUCAAUUUUGAUUGACAUUUCAAUUACGCCAUUCUUUGAUUCAAUUACAAUAACAGGUGAUGAUGAUAAAGUUUUGAUGAUCGUAAUGUCUUGCUUGAUUAAAUGAAUUUUGAUGAAUCGUUAAAUUUAUCAAAUUUUUUUUUAUUAACUUAGUUUUGUUUUAAUUUCUGACUUAAGUCGAUGAAUUGACACAUUCAUUUCAUUUGAUACAACGCUAGAAUAAUUAUAAACUGUAAUCAAAUCUGUCCUCGCUUAAAAUCGACAUUUUUGUUGUUCACGCAAACGAAUAUAUAUUAUGUACUAAGGUUUUAUAUUUUCUUAUGAAAACUUGCAAAUAUAAAUUCCCUGCUAUAUGCACCUAGUCUGUGUGUAUCUUGACUAUUCUUCGAUCGAUUCAUGCUAAUAAUAUAUGUAUUUUAUGUAAGCGUAUUUAUGUAUAUGAACGACUUUAAAAACAGGCAUAAAAAAGUCCAAUAUACGCGUUUUGAACGUCAAUAAUUUUGUUGGAUGAAAUGAUGUUAUUUUAAUUUACGUUUCCACAGAU